UGCUUAUAGAGGAAAAACGGCCACAUUGGUCACUUCCUUGUUGUAAAAAGAUCUUUUAUGGAACAGGAUAAGGAAAUGAAGGAAUAACGGUACACAGCGCUUUCUCUUUCGUCGGUUCAGUGUCAUUUUUAAACAAUGAGAAUCGCGGGUCUUUAACUCUUGGAGAGCUGGACGCACAGUAAAGAAUGCAGGGUGCUAUUGCCCGGGUUUGCGUGGUGGUAGCGGCUGCUAUUCUCAACCACCCACUCCUCUUCCCCAAUGAGAACACCACCAUCCCCGAGCAAGAUGAUGCACUCCUGGCCAGGAUGAGAGAGCACCAAGAAAACCUGGAGGCUGAACAGAAGCGCCUAGAACAGGAGAUCUAUAAAACUGAGAAGGCUUUGAUAAGUGUUGAGGAUUCGGAAAGUUAUAGCUGGUACUUUUGGAGUGCCCUCUGCCUUGUCAUUUUCUUCACAAUUGAGGUUUGCAGGCAGGAUAUAGUCCCUGCUGAAAUUCCUGACCCUGUUGAAGACGAGGAUGGAUAUUUCAGCGCUGGAUAUCUUAGUGCCAACGCUAUCACCUUAGAUAAAGGCGUCCUAAAUAACUUCUGCAAGACCCGCUUUCAUUCCUAUGCCCAUGAGAAUGGCAGAGUGCAGGAAUUUGUCGAAGGCUUUGCAGAUGACUUGCUAGAGGCUUUGAAAAGUGUUUGUGAUGGAGAGGCUGACAUGGAAGUCGAAGACUUUGUAGGCAUAGGCAGCAUGUUUGAAUCCUGGAGGGUAUGUAAGCCUCUAGCGUGCGACCUCAUUGUGCCCUUUACGGCCCCCCAGCCAUACAGGUUUCAGUUUGACGUCUGGUGUGACUCCGUCACUGACAUCCCGCUAGACCUGCAGGGAUGUGUAAGGAUUAAACUAAUACAGCCAAAUGGGAAAAACUGUGUUUGUGGCGCCGCCAAUCUCGGCGAUGAUAUGCUGUGUCUGCUUCACAACAUAAAUGACUUUGAGAAGACUGAUGAGCACGGGUUCGAGGAAGUCUUCUGUGUAAGGGACAAUGCUUAUUUGUCGAAAGCUCAAAUCAUGAGAUGGUUUCAGAUCUCGAUAACCAGAGCAUGGCGACACAUCUCUCAUAAGUAUGAGUUUGAACUGGCAUUUCAGAACCUGGACGUCCCCGGCGCGCUUAAAAUCAGAUUUAGGUCUGGAAAGACUGUUGUACUUAACGUUACGCCUGCUGUUCAGUUUGAAAACACUGAUGCAUACUUCAUCUCUCACUUCCCUUCUGAAACUAGUAACCCUUCAGACACUCACUGGCACCUCUCACUGACUGUUUAUGAAAGAAAUCUACUUAAACAUCUAGCUAAAAAACUACCUACAAAUUCCUGUCACAUCCACUGUCUUCAGAUAGUGUCUUUCUUGCACAAAAAGCAAACAGCUUUGACUGGGAAAAGCGCUCUUACAAAUUACCAUGUAAAGACUGCAGUCCUUCACCUCCUUUUGAGCAAACCUCAUUCAGUGUGGCAGACGCAACAUCUUGAUCACAGAUUACAAGAUUUGCUCAGUUUCCUGCAGAAAAGCGUGGAGGAGAAGAGACUCUAUCACGCUAUCGUUGGGAACCCUCGCGUCCCAGUCGAAAUUCAGAUCCCUGAACUAUUCCGCAGUGCAGAGCCAAUAAACCUGUUUAGACCUCUUGUGCUGCAAAGGCAAGUCUAUGCCAAAAUGGUGGAUCAUUUUCAAGAGAUGAUCAGAAAUACCUCGGUGCUUGUGCAGGAAUAUACCCCUCACUUCCCUAACGGUCACAUGGGCCAUAAACUCAGCUCAGCAACACAUAUGUAGGAGGGGAGUUGAUGCUUCUAUAAUCUGGCAUUGAGUACUUGUUACGUUUUGCACCUUAAUGUAAAUCGCAUGUUAAAGCACUGUUACUAAUGCUACUAUAAUAUUUGUGUUAUUUAUGGCAGCUGAUCGUAUGAUAUUUUAACAGGGAACCAUGGGUAAUUACAAACAAGAAUGUAAAUUAUAUACACA